AUGGCGUUUACUUCUCGUGCGUUCUUCCUCCUUUGUGGGAUCAUUGGACUGACUGGAGUUUGGUCUUUGUCUUUCCAGGACAACACAGAUGAAUGUUGUCCUAAGGGCUGGACUCAGUUGAAUAAACGUUGUUUCAUCUACAAGGAGGAAGGAAGGACCUUUUCAGAUGCAGAGAGCGUCUGCAACCUUCUUGGUGGGAAUCUGGCCUCCAUCCUAAGCGCUCUGGAAUAUGCGGUUGUGUUGGAAGUGAUUAAGUUAACGGAUGACCCCAUUGUUGACACCUGGAUUGGACUCCAUCAGGCGGUAGAGACGGACACCUUUCUCUGGACUGACGGCUCAGACUUUAAGUUUGAGGCUUUUAGCGAAGUCGUCAAUGCAGGAGAUUGUGCUGAGAUUGAAACUGAUGAUGAACUCUGGGAUCUGGACGACUGUACUGACAUAAACCCCUACGUUUGUGUCAGAGACACUGAGUGCAAACACUGAUCAGUCUUCCUUGACGAUGCCUUUUCCACCACCUUGAUGACUCUUCUGCAGGACGAC